AUGGAGAGUCCAGCAGCGCCUGUGGUGCCGGUGGAGCAGAAGGCCGAGCGCCUUCCACAGGAUGCUGGAAAACUGGUUUUCUCGUUUGGAUUCGAGGGAACACGGAGGAACAACAUUUGCUACAUCGAGCCUAGUAUUCUAAUGCACACUUGUGGAAACACCAUUCACUUCCUCGACGUUAGAACCAUGACUGCGACUUAUCUUCCCAGUGUUGGAGGUCUUGGGAUUGGAGCAGUAGCGAUCCAUCCAACGAAGAAGUACUUUGCAGUGUGCGAGAAGGGGAUUAAUCCGAAUAUUUAUAUCUAUGACUAUCCGAGCUUAGUAUACACGAAGGUUUUAAAAGAUGGUACCGAGAGGCUCUUCAGCGCUGCCGCGUUUAAACACGAUGGAAAUCAGCUUGCAACAGUUGGAGGCUAUCCCGACUACUGGUUGACUGUAUGGGAUUGGCACAACGAGACAAUUAUCUUGAGAGCGAAAGCCUUCUCGCAGGAGGUUUUUAAUGUGUCUUUCUCGAAGUACUUCUCUGGUCAGUUGCUUACCUCUGGCGUUGGACACAUUCGAUUCUGGAAUAUGGCUUCCACUUUUACCGGAAUGAAGCUAGAGGGUUUUAUAGGAAAGUUUGGACAAGUACCACUAAGUGAUAUUGCCGGUUAUGUAGAACUUUCCAACGGAAAGGUCCUCUCCGGAACAGAGGGAGGCGGUAUUAUCGUAUGGGAAGGCGAACUCGUCAAAUGCCAAUUAAAAAGAAAAGGAGGGCUAAGCUGCCAUGAUGGAAUGGUGGAGAUCACAAUUCACGAUACGGGGGUUAAUGAGUUGAUUACGUGCGGAUCUGAUGGAUACAUAAGGUUCUGGGACUUUGGAACGUGGUUGGACGCAGCUGAUGAUGGAGAUGAGAAACUCAUUUGCGAGGUGAAUCCCCUUCGAGAGCUUUUCGUUGAUCCGGAGUGUAAAAUAAAAGGGAUCUUGUUCGAACAAGACCAUUGGAUGAUUCAGGAUGAAGGUGGUGCAUUAUGGAGGGUGCAUGUGCCAUCGUUUGAGCUAGAGCAGAUUCUGGAGUUCCAUGCAGGGGCAAUAGUUUCGAUAGCGAGCUCGCCAAACAGUUAUUACAUUGCGACGGCAGGCACAGAUGGCACCGUAAGCGAAAGGGGGUACACUUUGUUGUUACUCAAAGGCGCUCCUCACUUGCAGGUGAGGCUUUAUAACUUCAAGCAGCAGAAACAAAUAUACAAGCGACGGUUUUCAGCACCGUGUACCACAAUGAUCUGGAUGCCACGGACAGUCGAUCCUGAAUGCAAAACCAUUGCUGUAGGAUUUAAGGAUGGAGUGAUGGAAGUCACAGGACUCAAACUCAGUCCGGAUGGCGAGCUUCUGGCAACUGUAUCAACAGAUGCAACAAUUUUUUUCUUCCAUUGCCUCGAAAAUUACAGGCCAAUUGGGUACGUCUGCAUAUGUUUGGGAAAGUUAUCAAUUUACUAUGUUGGCCUGUAG